AUUAUUCUAGUGACUAGUGAGGGCUAAACACAAUAUCCAAAGACCACGUGACUCCAUUACUUGAAACGUGGCGAGGAGCUUUCGCUGAAGCCUACGCUGGCUUUUGCAACGUGCCCUGAGACGGCGAGAUAGUGGUGUCAGGAUGAAGAGGACAUUUAUGCUUCUAUGUCUUGGAGGGUUCCUGUCUCUCUGCUCAGCUCAGAUGACACAAUCUGAAGUGGGUGAAGGUGAAGAGGAAAUGGUUGACCUAUUCAUAACACCAACUACUAAGAUGGCUGCAGCAAUCUCAGAUUUUGGAUAUAACUUAUUCCGCCAGCUGACAUCACAAGACCCCACAACCAACGUCUUUAUGUCUCCUAUAAGUGUAUCUGUUGCACUUACACAACUGUCAAUGGGUGCCUCAGAGCAAGCGGAGAAACAGCUAUACAGGGCUUUGCGGUAUCACACUCUUAAGGAUAUCAAAUUACAUGACACCCUGAGUGAACUGCUGGUCUCUCUGAAGGCCCCUGGAAAAGGCUUCAGCUCUGCUGCACGUGUUCUAUUAGCCAGGAGGUUACGUCUUAAGCCUGGUUAUCUGAGUGAUGUGGAGAAGCACUAUGGUGUUAAACCUUUUACACUCUUGGGGGGACCUCGUGAUAUGAAGACAAUCAAUGAUUGGUUUAAGAGAGAAACGGGUGGCAAGAUUAAUCCAAUCAUCUCUGCACCUCUGCCACGGAAUGGAGGCAUCAGCUCUGUAGGAGCAGCCUACUUUAAAGGUAAGUGGCUCACAAGGUUCAGCCAGACCAGUCUAAUGGAAAACUUCCACCUUGAUGGAGAACAGCCUGUUCAUGUUUCCAUGAUGCACCAGACAAAUUACCCUCUUAAAAUGGGAAAGGACUCUGAUAUUGGUUGUAUGAUAGCACAAGUUCAGAUGGAAGAAGGGGUCAGCAUGUUCGUCUUCCUGCCAGAUGAGGUCACCCAGAAUCUCACACAAAUAGUGGAAAGUCUGACAGCAGAGUUUGUGCAGGAUUUAUCCAUGACUCUUCAUCCAACAAAGGCAGAGCUGAUACUUCCUGUCCUGAAGCUUAGCUACACCACUGAUUUUCUCCCCUUACUACCUGAUUUAGGUCUUUCUGAAUGGCUGGCCAACACAGAUCUCAUCAAAAUCACAGCUCAGCCAGCCAAGCUCUCUGGAGUCCAUCACAAGGUUGUCAUGGAGAUGGCCACAGAGGGUUCACAGCACGCCACUGCCACUACUGUCCAGCCACAACAUUUGACCUAUAGAGUGGACCGCCCAUUCAUAUUUUUAGUUCGUGAUGAGCCAACAGGCACACUUCUAUUCAUUGGUAAAGUGCUAAACCCACAAGGAUAGAAAGUAUAAGUGUGUGCAUUCACAUUUGGAGAUCCGCUGUCAUGCAAAUGAAUAUAAUCUCUCUAGAAAAUGAAUAUAAUCUCUCUAGAAAGUAUACUGUAAUUUCCAUAUUCUCCUUUAGCCACCUUGCCGGUGCUCCACUUUUUAUGUACAAAGAAUAUGUAAUAAUUUGUAUGCCCUCACAUUGCAUUUCCUUUCAAAACUGCUUGGACAAUAAAGUCUGAAACAGGA